AUGGCGCAAUCACCUUCAUCACCCACCAAAAUCACCGUCCUGAUCUCCGGCUCGGGCACCAAUCUUCAAGCCCUCAUCGACGCCUCGCAGACGCCCUCCCUGCCCAACGUCCGCUUCACGCGCGUGAUCUCCGACCGCAAGGACGCCUACGGCCUGCAACGCGCCCGAGCCGCCGGCAUCCCGACGACGCACCACGGCAUCCUGCCCUACAAGAAACUCCAUCCGGACUCGACCUCCCCGCCGACGUUCCUCGCCGCGCGCCAGGCCUACGACGCGCGCCUGGCGGAGCUCAUCCUGGCGGACGGGCCGGACCUGGUCGUGUGCGCGGGGUUCAUGCGGAUCGUGACCGACGGGCUGCUGGGGCCGCUGCGGCGGGCGGACGUGCCGAUCAUCAACCUGCACCCGGCGCUGCACGGGGACCUCGUGGGCGCCGGGUGCAUCGAGCGGGCGUGGGAGGAGUUCGCCGCGGGGCGACGCACGCGCACGGGCAUCAUGAUCCACCACGUCAUCGCCGAGGUCGACCUCGGCGAGCCGAUCGUGCAGCGGGAGGUCGGCAUCGAGGGCUGUGCCUCGUUGGAGGAGCUCCAGGGGAGGAUCCACGAGGCGGAGCAUAGGCUGAUCGUGGAGGGGACCAGGAGGGUGGUGGAGCAGGUGUCGGGGAGGAAGAGGAGCGGGAAGGCGCAGUGA